AUGGCUGUUCCCGGAAUUGUUCAUCGUUUGGUCCAGCCCAAAGAUAACAGCGCACCUUUGCUCCCAGAUGCUGUCCUAGCACCUCCAGGGAUCGUCCCAGGAAUUGAGGGGUUCCUCGUAUUCGAGAGUCAAGACGAUCUCACCCCAAAAUACAACACCACAUAUUUCAUCAGUGACAUUCGCCCCGUGGUUGAAUCAUCAUCGUAUUUUAAGGAGGAUGCCAACAAGAAUGGCGACCAGCUGGCUUCUCUCGCUUGGGAGGUCGCAUCCUUUAUUCACGGUCGCGAUACAGUCCAGCAAAAGGAGCUGACCCCGGAGCCUCACCUGCUGCCCAGCCCUCCAGCCAUUGGCUCGACGCUGGUCAGCAACGGCAAUACCCCCGCCGAUGGGUGGGAUCAGGACUACAAUGACUGGUACAACAAAGAACACAGCGCCGCGCUGAGCCUGGUCCCCGGUUGGAAUAACUGCCGCCGCUACAAGCAUGAGAAGGCAUACGGCGGGGCGGACUAUGCAUCUUGGUAUGGAUGGAACUACUACGAUGCGAAGAAUGGGCUCUACGGCCCAGAGUGGCAAGCGAGUAUGACACCUUGGAGGGAAAAGGUUCGAGGGCAUGGUCGAAAGCCAAAUUUGCGUCGUGUUUGGAAGGUCAUCAGGAACUAA